GACUACACCGCACGCAUCCACUUUCAAUUAAUUAAAAGUGGACAUUAAACCGACGACCGUAUGCAUAUUGUGAUUUAAAUAUUUAUAGUUAACUGUUUUAAUUUUAAUUACAAGUGACUGUUAAUAUUCGGAUGGUUGUAAUUCAUUAAUUUAUAUCAAAUAUUCGGAAAAAUGAAGCAUUCACUAUUUUUAGUAUUAAUUAGCUGCGGUGUAGCGCUAUCAGCUAAGCAGUGCUGUCCAAAUGGAGAGAUACUCAGGCCCAAAGGAUUCUGCGGCGAUACCCAUAUGGAAACAUUAAAUUGCAAGGAAGGAAAGCUGCUCCUCAGAGAUGUCAUCCUCAAAGGAGAUAAGGUGUCCACAGUGGAUACACCCAAUUUCGUGUUCGUUGAUGACCCAGAACAGUAUUGUAUUGGUAAUAUGUAUCGUGACAUUGAAAACCAUGAAAAUGGAACUAUCCCAGUGGCUAUUGUUUGUUUCGAAAAAAUCCCGAAAACAAAUAAAGAUUACGAGGUCAGCGGUAUCCUGACACUUAUAUCAGUGGUUUUUCUCUUAGGCACCGUCCUUGUUUACAGCUAUUUUCCCCAACUGAGAGAUGUACAAGGAUUAUGCUACAUGUGUAUGUGUAUCAGCAUGGCAUUUGGCUUCCUGAUGCUUGGCACCUCACAGCUCAGUAGAUGGUACAGCGGUGAUCUGUGCACCACCACAGCUUUCCUCCUAUACACAUGGAUGAUGGCCACAUUCUUUUGGAUGAACGUUAUCUGCAUAAAUGUAUACCGCACUGCCAGGGAUCCCACUUACAUGAAGAAGACUGAGAGGAAGCAAUACUUCUGGUAUAGCUGCUACGCAUGGGGGGGCACUUUCGUUUUCCUAAUGGUGGCUGUCAUAACUAAUUUCAUGGAGGGCGACCACUGGAAACCGGGAUUCAACCGAACCAGCUGCUGGUUCGCGGACCGAACGGAAACUUGGAUAUUCUUCUACGGACCGAUAGCUGUCCUCAUCACUACCAAUAUAGUUUUAUUCAUUCUAUCAUCCUACACGAUAUGUCAGAACAGAAAACAAUAUGAGGCAAAUAAAGUAAUGAUACUUAAACACACGUUCUAUCUGUCUCUAAAACUAUUCCUGGUCAUGGGUUUAUCCUGGAUAUUCGAGAUCGCCAGUUUUGCGCAUGGAAAAGACCACGUGCUAUGGAAAAUCACGGAUACAAUCAAUUGCCUGCAAGGCGUUACCAUAUUUGUGAUAUUGGUGGUAUUAAGGAGGAGAGCUAUACGCGGGUUGGUCAAUGAGAGCUGUUGUCUGCGCAUAACUCGGCCGUUGGCUGAGAAGUUAAGUCCCAACGACGAGGAAUGUGACCAGCACAUACUCGCAGAUGACACAGUCGAAGUCAGGCUCAACUGAUAGCGAGCCAUUUGCCUUAGUUCCUUAAUAUAAGAUAGCAUGUAAAUUACAGGUAUAUACCAAAAAGAAUCUCCAACUUAUUUAUAUACUUAUAUAUUUUUAUUAAUUCGUUAUAAAAUAAUACUCUCGCCAACUGUCGUUAUGAAAGGUAAAGGAUUAUGCGUG